AUGGCAAUGAAUAAGGCCUUUAUGAUGCAGCAGAACGCGUUAAUGGCUCUGCUAUUGGUUGUCCUUGCGUCAAUUAUUCCUCGAAUCAAUGCACAGGAUGAUUCUUCCACCGCUGAUCAAAUCACAGAGGCCAAUGUUUCCUACAUUAUUGAGCCCUUUGAACGUCUCGGCGGCGGUAUUUGGAACUUUUCAGAUCCUUCCAUAACCAACUUUACCACAGAGGGUGCCUUGUAUGGGGAUGGGGCCCUUGCCAUUGACUUUACUGCUGUUGGAGAAUCAUCAUCAUCAUCUGAAUAUGAUUAUGAAGUCAGCUGGAUGGCCGAGCGUCAUCCUCACAACUGUUUUGGUGCUUCCGAAUUGUCUCUUGCCGUCAAGACCGAGUCUUCCAUGUCCAUUCAAGUCUCCAUCCUAGAUGAUCGAGAAUGCCUGCAGUCGGGUGCUGCUGCUGCGGAUUGCAACGAUUUGUCUCAAGUUUCCAGCAUUCCAUUGUUCCCACAACCACAAGAACUUACAGGAUCCUCUGAAUGGUACCAUUUGUCGGUACCCGCCGUAUCAAUAGAACAAGAUCUGAAACGGAUACGUGGGUGGAAGAUCCGAGUGGCCAAUGCGACUGGCACCUUGUUACUAGAUCAGUUUGCCUGUCACGGUGGUGGUGGUCUGUUGGGCGCCGCCUUUCAUGUGCUUUCCCUUCCGAAUGAAACUUCCUUUGCACAAGCCAAAGAGGAGAGCAUGUGGCUGGAAUAUUUCUUUGAAUCCCCACUUGCCGUAAACAAUUCGGUCAAUACCCUGGAAGAGGGUGUCUUGAAAAUGGAUUAUCUGGUACAACAGGUGCAAUCCUGGGGAGGAUUCAACGACGUGGCGCAUCUGGCGGCUGGAAAUGGCUACUACAACCUCUCGCAAGCGACGGGACUAACCAUGGACUUUGAUAUACUAAAGCAAGCAUCGAUCCCGGGUCGCUGCAUCUUUCGGUUUGUCCUCCAAGACGGUAGCCACUGUAUGGAGGAUUGCGAUCAUCAAUACCACAAUCAAGAGCGGUGGUAUUCUUUCAAUUCCAUCAUGGAUCUACAAGGCGGUGGCACUAUCACUCUGCCAUUGGAAGGAAGUACCGAGGCUACUUCCACCUUUUGGUUCACUGGGUGGUCGGGUAUUUCGGGAAACAAGAUUUUGGACCUAGCUCACAUCAAGGGCUAUACCAUUGAAGUCGUACUGGACUCUGGUUUGGACCUCUUUGAUUCUCUCACUGGAACUUUUGAACUUUCCAACAUGACUGCUGUCGUACUUCCAGAAAUAGAUGAGACCUGUAUCGGUGUCUUGGAGAAGGACCUAUAUUUUCACGAGUGGUCUGGAGAUCAGUUCACCCGCGUCGAGUUCCUUGGUGCAAAGUGUUGUGAAUUAUGCGAAGCAGACCCUGACUGCCUCUAUGCCAUGAGCAACAAUCGAGACUGCUUCAUCGCCUCAGAACUGGACCCCAAAUUCGUUUCCUUGCUGGCUACCGAAGUCACGGCCACCUUUUCUUCCUUUUGGAUGGACGAUCCCAUCAAGCGGGGCGAUUGGUGUGACAAAUGCGAUUGCGACCAAGGUUCUCUGACCAUUGAUUGCAAAGGCAAAGAUCUACGAGUCAUACCCAAGUCAAUCAGUGUACCAUGGGAGCCAAGGCUCAUUGACCUUCAAGAUAAUUUUCGCCUUGUCAUGAUUGGUAGCGAUUCCUUUGCCGAAGUCGCCAAUUCCUUGGAAGAGAUUCGAUUCCCAACCGACGUGAAGUUUCUUUCACCCGGUGCUUUGGAUUCGCUUCCAAAGCUCAACAAUGUUGUCUUUCAAUCCUUUUUCCAAGACGGUGUGCACCGUAUGGUCAAUGCCAUUACAACAGAAGCUGAUAGCUUUGGCGACAUCUGCUGUGGGUUUGGUUCUACCAUCGAGAUCAACUGGGAACUUUCCAUCACCAACUGUGACAUGAAAGUGGAUGCGCCCGGAAUUGAUGCAGUGUAUGACCCUUUCUACAACUAUCUCGAUGCAACUAUUCUGAGAGCCGUCCAAGAAGAUUCAAGCUUUAUGCGAGAAGCUGCUGAAAGUGUCGAAAAGUGUGCCGAGUUCUGUGCCAUUGACGAUGAUUGUAAUUACUUCACUUAUGACCAGCGCCUUCCAAACGCCGACCAUCGAUGUCUUAUGUUUCAGAAUAACGGAACGAUCUUUGAUUAUGUCUGCUGCUUGGAUGAUCACUAUGCUGACGAAGAAAGGACGAUUCCCGGAACCAUCAGUGGGAGGCCACCCAGUUCGAGACAUAGAGACGACGAUGCCCGAGUGCUCGUCUCGACGACGGAAUUGAGUUUGACAAAGUCCAACGACUACGCAACCGAGCUCACGCUGUCACUGGGGGCGACUCCAUUGCGAGGCGCUGUCUGGGUGUAUCCAAAGUUCACGACGGGGUCUUCCACUCUGAAAUUCAUUGUAGAACCUUCUCAUGUUCCAUUGUACACUUCGAAUAGCACGGCCAAAAUAUUUGUUUCCUUGGAGCAAGACCCACCAGCUGGUUCUCAAUCGACGACCGUGCUUGUGGAGUUGGAUAUAGUGGCCUGUGAUGAGGCAUUUGUCAUUGAAGAUAGCGAUGACGAAGGAAUCAUCUCUCUUUCUGUAAUUCCGAUAGAGUUGGCUGAUACGAGUAAUAUCACGACCUCUAUCAUUGUUCCAGCAACGAUUAUUUGUGCUCUUUUUGCUGCAGCCUUUUUGUGGCACGAUUACAAGAAGAGACAGAAUGAUAUGAUUUGGAUGGUGAAGCAGGACGAGUUGCAUUUCGAUUCACCUCCGGAGGUCAUUGGUCGAGGAACCUUUGGCUUGGUCCUUUUGGCAGAGUAUCGCGGAACACAGGUUGCUGUUAAGAGAGUGAUUCCUGCAAAAUCAAAACGAUCUGGGGCUGGAGGUUUGUCGUCGGUCGCAUCAGCAAUGUCAUUGCCUGAUCAGAGCGAAGUAGAUCAGACUAUGACAUCGGAUCAUGUUGAAGAGUCGGAACGGGAAGACAUGACUGAAAUGGCAGAAGCGGCCAUCUUGCCAGUGUCGAAAAAAAAUUCUUUCGAGAUGAAUAGCCAGGCAUAUCUGAAUAGCAAAUCUUUAAAAUUUGCUACAUUUCAAGGAUCGAGUACAGAAAAGGGCGUUUGGAAGAAACUUAGGAAAAACUUCAUCGAGGAGAUGCGACAGCUGUCGAAACUACGUCACCCCUGCAUUUGUACAGUUAUGGGAGCUGUGAUUGGAAAGUCGGUUGAACCAAUGCUAAUCAUGGAAUACAUGGAUCAUGGGUCGCUCAAUGAUUUGCUAAAGAAUGAUACCAUUGUCAUUGAUGGAGAAAUCAUCCUCCCGAUUCUGCGAGACAUCUCACAGGGGUUACGAUUCUUGCACUCCGCCAAUCCACAAGUUAUUCAUGGAGAUUUGAAAGCUGCAAAUAUUCUCGUUGAUCACAAAUUCCGGGCCAAAGUUGCUGACUUCGGUCUUUCGCAGAAGAAACAGCUCGGAGGCACUGGAACACCAUACUGGAUGGCGCCAGAACUACUUCGGAAGGAAGCUGCCAACUCUUCAGCCAGCGAUGUUUUCUCGUUUGGUGUCAUUUUGGUAGAAGUCUACAGCCGAAAGGAUCCCUACGAAGGCGAAUCAACCAACAAUAUCUUGGAAGAGAUCGCAGACAAAUCUAUUCGAAGAAGACCUACAGUGCCUGAGAACUGCCCCCCUCAGAUCCGGUCCAUGAUUAGCGACUGUCUGGUUGACGAAGCGGAGAUGCGGCCAACGUUCGAAGAGCUUGAUACAAGGCUAAAGCGAAUUGACGCCGAGGCUGCGGAUAUCAAAACCAGAAACUCGAGGAUAAACAAGACUGUUUCCCUCUUUGAUAUCUUUCCUAAGAAAAUUGCUGAGGCUUUGCAAGAAGGGCGACAGGUUGAAGCGGAGCACCGUGAUUGUGUGACUAUCUUCUUCUCUGAUAUUGUGGACUUCACUUCGAUCUCGUCGGAGCUGGAUCCUCGGAAGGUUGCUGAUUUGUUGGAUCGGCUAUACACGGCUUUUGAUGAAGUGUCAAAUGCCCAUGACGUCUUUAAAGUGGAGACCAUUGGCGAUGCAUACAUGGCCGUGACCAACCUAGUAAAGGACCAGCCGGAUGAUCAUGCGAAAAGAAUUGCUGAAUUCUCUAUCGCUGCAAUUGAAGCGGCCAAUGAAACAUUGAUCGACACUGACGAUCCCAGCAAAGGAUAUGUAAACAUUCGUUGUGGCUUUCAUUCUGGCCCCGUCGUAGCCGAUGUCGUUGGAAACAAAAACCCAAGGUACUGUCUCUUUGGAGACACCGUGAACAGUGCUCAUCGAAUGGAGAGUAACUCUAAGAGCAACCGCAUUAAUUGUUCAAGAGCUUCGGCUGAUCUGCUGAAAGUGCAGUGCCCGGAUAUCCCUUUGAGAUCACGGGGAAAGAUUUUAAUUAAGGGAAAGGGCGAAAUGCAAACCUAUUGGGUGAACGACAACCGUCGACCGAGCAUAGUUCUAAGUAACCCACCGCUUACUGGCAGCAAAGUUUUUCUCAAUGGCAUGGAACUCGCACUGUCACAAGUUGACGAAGGAAAUGAAACAGGUAUGAGCGAAGAUUUCUUGGCGGACAUUGAGGAAACCAAAGGCAGUGGACAUUUUACAGAGCCAUCUUCCAAGUCGUCCAUCUCACUGCCUGUGCAGGGAUAG